AACAGAUUGCAACGAGAGUAACUACCAACGGAAAAACAUGUCCCCUUUACCACUAUGCUAUCUUCAAACGCUCCCGCCAAUAUCUCACGCCGCAACGCUUAACUGCCGCCCCAAACCACUCCUGCCGGCGCAUGAUAGCACCACCGGCGCACGGGGGCGAACGCUAUACGUAGCUUGUGCUGAGAGAAGCAACAAAACUUCGACGGGAAGCACAGACGAUUACCAUUCCACUCUCAGAGCUCUCAACUCCAAAGGCAGAUUCCCUAGAAAAUCUCUUGGCCAGCAUUAUAUGUUGAACGCCGACAUAAAUGAGCAACUUGCUGGUGCGGCUGGUGUCGAACAAGGUGAUGUAGUGUUGGAAAUUGGGCCCGGAACUGGUUCCUUGACCAACGUUCUUUUAACUUCUGGUGCAUUUGUUCUCGCAGUUGAGAAGGAUAAACACAUGGCUGCCCUCGUGAAUGAAAGAUUUUCAAGUACUGGAAAGUUGAAGGUUGUGACUGAGGAUAUUGUCAAAUGUCAUGUGCGCUCUCAUAUGUCAUCAUGGGUUGGAAGCCUAAAGCAAAUGGAUCCAGAAACUAGAAAUGCAAAAGUGGUUGCCAACAUUCCCUUUAAUAUCAGUACAGAUGUGAUUAAACUACUACUUCCAAUGGGUGACAUUUUCUCAGAAGUGGUUCUAUUACUCCAGGAGGAGACUGCCUUGCGCUUGGUGGUAUCAUCACUCCGGACCCCUGAGUAUCGUCCCAUCAAUAUAUUUGUUAAUUUCUACUCAGAUCCUGAGUACAAAUUUAAGGUCCCAAGAACAAAUUUUUUCCCUCAGCCUAAUGUUGAUGCAGCCGUUGUCUCAUUCAAGCUGAAGCUACCAACAGAAUAUCCCAAAGUUUCUUCCAGUAAAAGCUUCUUCUCAAUGGUUAAUUCAGCGUUCAAUGAGAAGCGUAAAAUGCUGCGCAAGUCACUUCAACACAUAUGCACAUCCCUUGAGAUCGAAGAAGCUUUAAAAAGCUUAGGUCUUCUAGCCACCUCAAGACCUGAAGAACUAACAUUGGAUGAUUUUGUGAAGUUGCAUAGCUUGAUUGCCAAAGAGUAGCAAUCUGGAUUACAGUGGAAUUGAAGAGCAACCUCUAGCAGAAGAAGGCCCUAGAGGUUCACAUAUUCAUAAGGCUCUUUGUUGCAGCAUAUACAUGAUGCGGAGAGCAAGGGUUUUAAGGAGAGCUAUGGCAUCUCAGGUGGGGGAUAUAUUAGAUUCCCAGCAGUUUUAUUCUUCUUAUGUUUCAAGGAUAGGGGCAUCUUCAUAUCGGAAAGAAAGAUUGCAGGAUCAAGUUAUCCAAAAAAGAAAAAAGAUUGCAGGAUCAAACCCAUGUCCAUUCAGUGAAUAUAAUUAGACUAGACUUCCUUGUGCUAUGUAUAAUCUAGUAAAUUGCAUUGCUAUAGAAGCAGUGUAGCUAGACUGAAUCACACCAGAUUGUGUAAAUAAAGAGCAAUGUAUUCCUGAAGCUAAAACAGGUGUUUGCCACAUCAUAAGGGAAA